AUGCCACCGCCCACAUUCGGGCCUGUCCCCCAGCACCUCUGGGAUAGAAGCCCGCCUCCAAAAGAUAGGAUCGCAAGCGGCAGACUGAAUAGGCUCGACUGGUACAUCGGGCUCCCGCGCGGCCACGCGCACGGCUCGUGGGGCUACACCAUUCUGCGCACCGCCUACGGCCCCGGGUCGGACGCGCUGUUCGCCGUCGCGCUGGACCGUCUCAAGAGCUACGUGCAUUGGUGGUGCCACGACGGCCGCUUUCAUGCGUACGGCGCGCUGUGCGAGAGGGAGCGGGUUGAUUUCGACGAGCCCAACGAGGAGCUCUUUCGCCGUUUUUACGUCGAAGUCAUUGAGGAUCGGGAGGGGCUCGCGCAUCUCGACGGCGGCGGCACCACCGGCGAUGCCAGGUUUAUGGCCCUGGGCGAGUACUUUCGCCGGUGGGUUGCGGGGGUGGAGACCGGAGUGCAGCCCGAGGAGAAUCCCCGCUUCUGUACUUGUCUGGUCCUUGACUCGGAGAGUGCGGCGUCGCUGGCUGCACUACCCGAGAAGCCGCCACCGCUGCGCUGUGCGGUCGACAUCGAAGAGAAGCGGAAGUUUCUGAGUACCGGCGAAGGUGCGUUGGUGUGGCUGCUGGAGACAGACUACAUGGCGGAGCCCGAGUUGCACGAGGAUGCGUAUCGCGGCUGGAUGAAGUUGGAUCUGAGCUCUGUUGAGUUCUCAUGGUUUCGUCGGCUUUCACGGGGCAUAAGCGGCAAGAGACACUAUUUCGAACAUGAGGAAAGGGAGCGAGGCUCGGGGAUAUAUUGGUUCGCCGAACAAUAA